CACCAGCAGCCCAAGUCAUCGUCUGCGCAGCAGACCUACCUGGACAUUCCCGCUUUUCGUGUGGUGGAUUUUAAUUUUGUAAUGGUCUUGGAAAAAACAGGGGAUUAAAACAGCGCCACCUAUCGACCCUACGAUGGCUUUAAAGUUACUGCGAGAUUUAAAGGAUUUGAAGUUAUCUCUGUUGUUUGUCAUUGUCUUCGCUGCAUUCUCAACGUGUUAUAUCGCCAUCUCCUACUCCAAGACGCCACACCAUCAACAAAGAUAUUUUCAUCAUAUGGGAGAACGUGACCAAAAACGAAAGGUGGCAAAUUCACCUGAAAUCAAUGGAAACAAAGUCAACGACAACAUAAAGUACAAUAGGUCAAUAACUUUUCAGGUACAAGCUUCAAAUGUCCACAAUGUAUCAGACACGGCAGUUACUACAACCACCAAAACCCAACAACCAACAUUCUCGUUGGAGACAACGAAGGGGAUUCAACAGCAGCGCAAGAAACACAUGGACAGAAUGUGUCAUAGAAAAUAUCAAAUUGAAGCCCUCGACUUUGGUUCCCAAAAACCUAUAGAAGUCCAGGCCUUCAAAUACCUCCUAGAUCUGUCGUACGUGAAUGAUGACUACAAGAUCAUAGUAACUACAAUUCACAAAGUUGGCUCUUCGAAUUGGCGACGUUUCAUGCAGGAUCUUCACAAGAUUAGCAGUGACAAAUUCAGAAAGGCAUGGCCACCACUGAAGUUUUUAAGCACACGACCAACUGUAGAAAUCCAACAGAAUUUAAAAGAGUACACCAAGGUUUUAUUUGUACGGCAUCCUCUGGUUCGGCUCCUCUCAGCGUACCGGGAUAAAUUCGUCAAACUCCCCACGAGUCAUUACGUCGGCGCCGCUGUCAAGAUCAUCAAAAUAAUUCGUAAGCAAAGCCCGGCAAACCUUAAAAAACCUGACAUGACCUUCAAAGAGUUCCUGACAUACCUGGACGGUGCUAAAAAUGGUCAACGUUUCGACUCUCACUGGGCACUGACCUUCAAAAAAUACAAACCUUGUCACGUGCGUUAUGACGUCAUAGGUAAACUUGAAACACUUCUCCCGGAUGUGGAUUAUCUGACUGAGAAACUUGGGGUCAGAGGUCGCGUGGAGUACAGGUAUCCAAAGCCGUACAGCGGAAGUUCAAAUACGUCAUUGCUGAUCGAAAAUUAUUCCAAAGUCCCACCAGAACUUGUUAGAAGUAUUUGUCAAAUUUACCAUGAUGACUUUAUUGCAUUUGAUUAUGCCUUACCCACGAAUUUCUCAGAUUUGGCUGAAUAUCUAGCGAAAAUAGGCUGACCCCCAGCUGACAGUCAUGAUUGUGUGUGCAUGUACUGCACCGGCGCAAUGCAUUAAUGCGCGCGUUCUUUGAGGAGGGUUUAAACAUUCAAACUUGGGUCGUCGUCAGCAGCAGAAUGUGAUACAGAUCUAAGUCAGGCUCUAUGUUGUAUAAUUGCUUGUAUGUUUCUUAUUCCUAUUUUAAAGGCAGUGGACAUUAUUGGUAAUAAAAAAAAACAUAUUGGUUAGCAUAAAACCUUACUUGGUUACGAGUUGACAGUACAUGUAUAACACAUCAAUGUAAUACCUGCAACAGACAGUGAUUAAAUCUCUGUUUUGAAAAUGGGGUAUUCGCUUACAUUCAAUUUAACCAAGUUAUUGCCGACAAAACUAACCGUGUAGCGUUGCUGGAAGGCAAACGUCAAUGCUGUAAUGAGUUACACAGGAUCUCGUUGGCUAUAAGACCGGAGAGUACAACGAAGACAUCGAAUACAUCCAUUGAGUCAGCAAUGGUCCAGGCAGCCUUUGUUUUAAACAAGGCAUACAUGUACAUGUACUUCAAUAAUUACCUGGGGUGGAUUUCACAAAGAGUUAGGACUAGUCUUAUCUCGAGUUAGGACCAGUUACUCGUCCUAACUUAGGACUAUCCAUGCAAUUUGUAUAUUAUCUCCUUGUACAAUCUCCUUGUAUAUCUCCUUGCCGAAGCAUUUUUAGGCAUUCGCAGCCAAAACCAGCUCUUUUAAGAGCCACCUCGUUUUCAAAAGAGAGAUUUAAUCACUGUCUGUUGCAUGUAUUAAAUGUAAUUAUGAUAAACAGGUUUUAACUGAAUAAAGAAUUGUGUGUACUAUUUGAUUGUUUGUUCGUUUGUUUGGCAAGUUGUUCGUUUGUUGGUUUGUUUGUUUGUUUGUUU